AUGCAAUUGAAUGCUGAAAGAGCUGGAUCAGGUACCUCCUAUAUCAGUGUGUCUGAACCCCCAACCAGAAGUGAGAUUCUUUACCCAUGUGAUGUUAUGGAGGAUGUUGCAAUUGCUUAUGGCUAUAAUAAUAUACCAAAGAGAAAGCUUUCAUCUUUGAAGCCCCUCCCCUUGAACCAGCUUAGUGAUCUUAUAAGAUCUGAGAUAUCCAUGAAUGGCUUUAAGGAGGUGUUGACAUGGAUUUUAUGUUCUAAGAAAGAAAAUUUUGAGAUGUUAAAACGGAAGGAUGACAAAACCACUGCGGUGAUCAUUGGAAAUCCCCGCUCUUCUGAUUUUUAG